ACUUGGUCACACAUAUUCUAGUCCAGAAAAACUUUGUUGAAUUUAUAAACUAAAAAUAAUCUUGUUUGUUUCAUAGAAAAAAACAAAUUUACAUAUGUGAAUUCAAUGGAUUCCGGCUGAUGUAACUGCAGCUCAAUCGCGUGUUGCCAUUUUAAUUUUUUACUAUGGCAUAUCGAUCGAAAUGACGCAAACAAUGUUUUCUCGAUCAAUUUUCGGACAACACCUUUUGACUCCACUGGUCUUCCGCAUAUUUUGGAACAUCUAGCCUUAUGUGGCUCAAAAAACUAUCCCGUCCGUGACCCAUUCUUCAAGAUGCUUAAUCGCUCUGUAGCUACGUUCAUGAAUGCCAUGACAGGUCCAGAUUACAAACUCUAUCCUUUUUCAACCAUGAAUGAAGUGGACUUUAGGAAUUUACAGAGUAUUUACUUGGAUGCGGUUUUUAACCCUAACCUUGCGUAUUUGGAUUUUCUUCAAGAGGGUUGGCGAUUAGAGAACAAGGACUUACAUAAUCGGAAGUCUGAACUGGUCAUCAAGGGUGUGGUUUAUAAUGAAAUGAAAGUCGCGUUUUCGGAGAACUCUUUGGUUUUUGGACAGAAUCUCCUAAAUAAUAUUUUACCUGACCACACGUAUGGACAUGUAUCCGGAGGAAAUCCAUUGGAGAUACCCAAAUUAACGCACACGGAUUUAAUUGAGUUCCAUCGCAAAUAUUAUCAUCCAAGUAACGCCCGUGUAUACUCUUAUGGUUCUUUCGAUUUGACAAAGACCCUCUCGCUUAUUGAUAAAGAAUAUUUAUCUCUGCACACCAGAGUAGACAACUCUUAUAGCCGUAUCCCUCUACAACUCGAUGGUCACAGCCACGGCAUGUACACAUUUCCAGCAGACUGGACAAUAUGGGCGCUGCUUUUGAUCGACAGAACCAAAUUGCCAUUGCUGUGCUUAUGUGCGACAUGACCAACAUACAGGAAACCUUUGAAUUAAAGGUCCUAUCCGAAAUAUUGAUCCGUGGACCUAACUCUGCCUUUUACAAGAGCCUAAUAGAACCAAACUUUUCCGGGGGCUACAACCAGAGUACAGGGUAUUCUUCAGACACCAAGGAUACGGCAUUCGUUGUGGGGUUGCAAGACCUGCGUGUUGAAGAAUUCAAAAAAUUCAACGACAUCUUUAGCCAAACUAUAUGCAAAGCCAUGAAAGAGGGAUUUGAGCCCCAACAUGUAGAAAGUAUUCUCCAUAAUCUUGAAUUGUCACUAAAACAUCAAAGUCCACAUU